CGGGCAGGGGCUCCGCAUCCCUAGGACCCCCGCACAUGGAUGCGACCAUCGCUUUCUCGGGCUUCCCGGCCUUGCCCUCCGUCUCGCCGUCGGGGCCGCAGCCGCCAAUGCUGGUGGGAGCCGAACCGGGGCGCGAACCCGAGGAAGUGGUGGGUGGUGGAGACACCGAGCCCACGGCCGUGCCCGGCCCGGGGAGGCGACGCCGGCGGCCACUUCAGCGUGGGAAGCCGCCCUACUCGUACAUCGCGCUCAUUGCCAUGGCCCUGGCGCACGCUCCGGGCCGUCGUCUCACACUGGCAGCCAUCUACCGCUUCAUCACUGAGCGCUUCGCCUUCUACCGCGACAGCCCGCGCAAGUGGCAGAACAGCAUCCGCCACAACCUCACCCUCAACGACUGCUUCGUCAAGGUGCCGCGCGAGCCGGGCAAUCCGGGCAAGGGCAACUACUGGACGCUCGAUCCCGCGGCCGCAGACAUGUUCGACAACGGCAGCUUCCUGCGGCGCCGCAAGCGCUUCAAGCGCGCCGAGCUCCCCGCACCGCCACCGCCGCCGCCGCCCUUCCCCUACGCGACCUUCCCGCCCGCGCCGGCACCCGCGUCCGCUCCGCCCGCGCGCCUCUUCCGCCUGGACAGCCUGCUGGGCUUGCAGCCUGAACCACCCGGACCCGUGGCGCCCGAGCCACCUUGCUGCGCCGCGCCCGACGCCGCCUUCCCGCCCUGCGCCGCCGCAGCCUCGCCGCCGCUCUACUCGCCCGCGUCCGAGCGCCUGGGGUUGCCCGCGCCGCUGCCCGCCGAGCCUCUCCUGGCCUUGGCGGGAUCGGCCGGCGCGCUCGGGCCGCUCGGAACCGGGGAAGCCUACCUGAGACAGCCGGGCUUCCCGCCGGGGCUGGAGCGCUACCUGUGAGUCGCUCUCCGCUGCGGGAGCGCCUGGCGGAGCCUUCUGCCCGUCCCGCGCUGGAGCAGUGCGAGCUUGGCCUGUGGUACCCGCCCGCCCGCAGCGUGGCGCAAUUCGCUGGGUCCCCGAGCCUUGCCUGGGGCUAAGCCUUCCCUGCCCUCCUCUAUCCCUGGGGAGACCCUGGCUGUCUCAACACCAGACUGAAGCGCCCUCUCCAAUUUGAGGUCUUUCCUCCCUUGUGCUCCCCACCUAAGCACCCUCGGUGCUUUGGAACUCCAGCCACAAAUGUCCCGGUGAGUUCCAGUCUGUGGAAACUUUUCGUCCCAAGGCACCUCCUCCAUCUCUGAUGUUUUGCCAACACAUCAGAGGUCAGACUCCUGGGUUCAUUACUUCUACCCCAUCUUCCUCCAUUUAUCAAUAAGUUGGGCAAAUUUGUCCCCUGCCCUAGCUUUACCUGUCUGUGCUUGUUUUCUUACCGAGACCCGCCCCACAAAGACUCACCUGAAGGCUCUGCUCCGGGUCUGAGAACAGUUCUUCAGACUUUUCUAGGUUACACAGCACCAGGAUCUCCUGACUGAAUGGGGGGAUUAAUGGGCGUCCGUGGCUGCCCCACCCCACGGAAAGCACAGAACGUAUCUGUUUAUUGUUAUUUUUCAAUCAAAGCUGGUUUAAUUAA